CGGGGGCGGGCUCGCGCGGGGCGGGGCCUGGGGCGCCGUGCGCCGGAGCUUGUGGCGUCAAUGCGGCCGCUGUGUCCAUGGAGAGAGGCUGAGGUGGCCGAGUUCCGGCCCAAGGCACCGGGGCGCCGGGACGGCGAGGAUGUCGGCUUCGUUAGUCCGGGCCACUGUCCGGGCUGUGAGCAAGAGGAAGCUGCAGCCCACUCGGGCCGCCCUCACCCUGACACCUUCAGCAGUCAACAAGAUAAAACAGCUUCUUAAAGAUAAGCCUGAACACGUAGGUCUGAAAGUUGGUGUCCGAACCAGGGGUUGUAAUGGCCUUUCUUAUACUCUAGAAUAUACAAAGACAAAAGGAGAUUCUGAUGAAGAAGUUGUUCAAGACGGAGUCAGAGUGUUCAUCGAGAAGAAAGCACAACUGACACUUUUAGGAACAGAAAUGGACUAUGUUGAAGAUAAGUUAUCCAGUGAGUUUGUUUUCAAUAACCCAAACAUCAAGGGAACGUGUGGCUGUGGAGAAAGCUUUAACAUUUGACUGCUCUGGCUGUGAGCUCCGGGAACACUCAUGGAAGUCCUAGGGCUUACUGAAGAAAUGAUGUGACUGUCGCGUGCUGAAAGGUUAUAAUGUAUGACUGCCUUAUGAGGAAAAUAAAAUGAUGCAUUUUGAAAGUGAA